AUACACUCCAGCUCACAGCAACAAGUCAGUCCUUGUCUAGGUUGUUACUGGUCUAAAAAUGCUGACCACUCGUGUUAAGCCCUUCCGGGCGGCGGCUGUCAGCCGUUCCAGCCGGCUAUGCGUGGUUGCCAAGGACUCGCGUAUUGGCCGCGCUCCCAUCACCGUUCCUAAGGGCGUGACCGUGACUCUGGAGGGCCAGCUGGUCCGCGUCAAGGGCCCCAACGGCACUCUGGAGCAGACUCUGUCACCCCUGGUGAAGAUUGAGCAGGCCGAUGGCAAGCUCAAGCUUUUCAAGCUGGCGGACGACCGCGUGGCUAUGUCGCAGCACGGCCUGAACCGGUCCCUGGUGAACAACCUAGUGGUCGGUGUCUCCACUGGCUUUGAGAAGCGCAUGGAGAUGGUUGGCACGGGUUACCGUGCGGCGGUGGCGGGCAAGGAUCUGACCCUGAACGUGGGCUACAGCAAGCCCCGCGUGCUGGCCAUCCCGGAGGGCCUGAAGGUCGUGGUGGAGAAGAACACCACGCUGGUGAUCAGCGGCGCGGACAAGGUCAAGGUGGGCGACUUCUGCGCCACCAUCCGCCGGCAACGCCCGCCGGAGCCCUACAAGGGCAAGGGUAUCCGGUACGCCGGCGAGGUCAUCAAGCUGAAGGAGGGCAAGGGCGCCGGUGGCAAGAAGAAGUAAAUGCGUUGGUUACAGUUUUGAGUUCGAUGUGGGCGAUGUUGGUGCUGUGGAAACCUUUGCACUUCAAGUGCCAGUGGGGAGGAGCAACGAGCACCAGCGAUUGGAGCAAAGAGUAUAGCAGGAGCAAGAGGUGGCAAGGCCCAUGGCGGGCGGCUUGCGGGACAGGCAGCAAGUGAGCAGCCUACAUGUUUGAUUGAGCUAGAUGCAGUGCUUGUGUGGCCUCACAGGCAAUGGUCAGGAGGCCUCCAGAGGGCCAGCCUUUUUGCAUGAGUGGACCUGUGUUUGUAAACCGUGACGGUUCGCAGAAGACGAGUCUUCCACAUGUACAGGUUUCUUGGCGGAAACUCCAGCGGCAAGCGAGUGGCAGGAAGAGGAGCGGUCGCAGCCGCUGAGGUCUGUGCGAUGGGACAGAGUUAAGGCAGGUCGCAGCCGCUGAGGGCUAGGGGACGAGAUGGAGCCGCGUCUCCGCUUCACUCGGUGGAGACGGCGGAAACGAACGCAGACGUGUUGUCGGUCUUACCUGCCGCAGCAGAACACAAGCGAUUUUUGUGGAGGGAUUGAAGGGAAGGUUCAAGGGGGGUUUAGGAACAAACUUGUUUACCC